CCCUCCUCUUCUGGGCCGGGGCCAGCCAAUGGGCGACGAGACUCCCGGGUUUGGCGUGGGAGCGGGGGAGCUCAGAGGUCCCCCGCCCCGCAGCUCUGGCCACAGUCCCGGGGCGCACGGACGUGGCUAGAGUUUCCUCCGCUCUCCGAUCGCUCUCCCCCCUCCCGCUCUUCCUCCGCUCACGGUCUCCAGCUCCAGCCGGCCGGCCCCGCACGGCUCCUCCGGGUAGCCAGCCAUGGAGGACACCCAGCUCCAUAUCAUCGAACAGCCGCUGUCCGGGUACCCGGACGCCGAAGACCCGGCGUCUUCGCUCCUGCGGGCGCCGGCGGCGGCGGCGGAGGAGCCGUCGGGGGCCGGCUCGGAGGAGCUGAUCAAGCCGGACCAGGUGAACGGCGUGCUGGUGCUGAGCCUCCUGGACAAGAUCAUCGGCGCCGUCGACCAGAUCCAGUUGACCCAGGCCCAGCUGGAGGAGCGGCAGGCGGAGAUGGAGGGCGCCGUGCAGAGCAUCCAGGGCGAGCUGAGCAAGCUGGGCAAGGCGCACGCCGCCACCAGCAGCACGGUGGGCAAGCUGCUGGAGAAGGUGCGCAAGGUCAGCGUCAACGUGAAGACGGUGCGCGGCAGCCUGGAGCGCCAGGCCGGCCAGAUCAAGAAGCUGGAGGUCAACGAGGCCGAGCUGCUGCGGCGCCGCAACUUCAAAGUUAUGAUCUACCAGCCCAAGAAGAAGCUGAGUGCACCCUCUGACCUGGUCACACCCAAGAUCGUGCCUUUUGACCUUCUGCCUGAGACUGAGCCCUUUGACCUGAAGCCUGACACAGUACCUGAGCUCCCACCCUUUGACCAGACGCCUAGGGCGCUGCCCUAUUACCCAGCUCCUGAGCCUCUGCCCACCCCAAAGGAGCCGACAGCCGGACGAAGUGAAGCUGCCGGCCAAGCUGAGCAUCAGCAAGUCGCUGAAGGAGGCGGAGACCCUGCCGGAGAAGGAGGGCGACGAGCUGGGCGAGCAGCCCGAGGAGGACGCGGCCAUCGAGCUGUCCUCGGACGAGGCGGUGGAGGUGGAGGAGGUCAUCGAGGAGUCGCGCGCGGAGCGCAUCCGGCGCAGCGGCAUGCGGCGCGUGGACGACUUCAAGAAGGCCUUCUCCAAGGAGAAGAUGGAGAAGACCAAGGUGCGCACCCGCGAGAACCUGGAGAAGACCCGCCUCAAGACCAAGGAGAACCUGGAGAAGACGCGCCACACGCUGGAGAAGCGCAUGAACAAGCUGGGCACGCGCCUGGUGCCCGCCGAGCGCCGCGAGAAGCUCAAGACGUCUCGCGAGAAGCUGCGCAAGUCCUUCACCCCGGACCACGUGGUCUACGCGCGCUCCAAGACGGCCGUGUACAAGGUGCCGCCCUUCACCUUCCACGUCAAGAAGAUCCGCGGGGGCGAGGUGGAGGUGCUGCCGGCCACCGAGAUGGUGGAGGUGGGCGACGGCGACGACGAGGGCCCCGGCGCCGAGCGGGGCGAGGCCCUCGACCUGCUGCGCGGCAGCAGCCCCGACGUGCGCGCGCUGCUGGAGAUCACCGAGGAGUCGGACGCCGUGCUGGUGGACAAGAGCGACAGCGACUGAGGCUGGGGGCGUGCCUCGGGCUCCUCCGGGGGGGGGGGGCCGCCCCUCCCCACCUCUUCCUGCCGCCACCCCCCUUCCCGCCCCCCAACCCUGAUGUCUUCUUCUCUCGAACUUUUUUUCUUUUUCGCAUUCUUUCUCCGGCCCCAGCCACCGGGCUGACCUAUGUCUAAAUUGAGAACCCCUUCUCCCCCAAGUAGCACCCCUCCAAGCCUUACAUCUGCUCCUGAGAUGGGAGCGGGAGGCAGCGCCCACAAAGAGCAGCCCCCAUGGGGGCGCAGUCUGGGUGGAAAUGGAAAUGAACGCGAUCCACGUUCUGCUGGUGCACGUUGGGGGUGCUACGGGGGGGGGGGAGGGGAUGUUAUCAUUUACAUAGUCGGCCCCCAUGGGGGCAAAGCUGCCUUCCCCCUCCCGCCCCCUCACGUGUCCAGCUGCUGUCAUUCCGGCUCUCGGAGCUCUUCUUUCCCAUCGUGAUCCCUGGAGGCUUGGGAGCCAACAUUAGCAUAACAGAAAAGAGUGAAUUCUGACGGAGGCCUUUGCCCACGUGGGAGGGCCCAUCCCGGAAGGACUUGAAAGCAGCUUUUUGGGAGAAUGUGGGCUGGAGAGAGGGCAGAGUGAGCCGUGAACCUGGGCGAGGGUCCAGCACGGUCUGCCAAGGGUCCCAACAAGAGGGGCUGGAGCCGAGCCUCUAGAGCCCGUGGGGGGCAGAGUGGAGGCCAGCACCCUUACAUGUUGAUGCAUCUGCACACGGGAACUCCUGGCUAUGGUUUUGGGAAGGAGAAGAGGAAAUGGUGGUCGGUGGAAAUGGCUGAAGAGAGGAGCAUUUGCCUCAUUGGCAGCAUGAGAAACACGGGACAGGGAUCCUAUCUUACUGGGGUUCUCAGAAGAAUGGUUAGAAAGCGAUGGUCCAAAUAGAAAAGAGAAGUAAGCCUCACCCCAUUCCUCAUCCGAGAUCUGGGUGGUACCCCAGGAGCAGUCCAUUUGUCAAAGCCCAGAAAAUUAGGGUCCCAGAAGGACAGCAUCAGGCUGUGGGGAGCUGGGAGUUAUGGGGUGGGGAGUAGGGGGAUGAGGCAGACUAGAAAGGGAGCAGAGUGCUAGUGGCCAGGCCACCAAACAGAGCCGGAGGGGAAGUGAGAGUAUCAUGACUGUGUAUGGAGCAACCCAGCCUUGCCUGAUUCUUCCCAAGAUCCUUCCCUAGAACUAGUAUAAGAGCUGCAGGACUCGCCAAGACCUCCGAGCCCUUUGGGGUUCCUCUCCUGAAUCUUUGGGGCUGAGAGGGUGGUUGCUUCCAGGUUCUCCUCAGGAUACUCAAGUCCCAAUAAAGGGGGUUAUCAGACGCAAGGACAACUUCCCUCCCCUGCAAGUCGCAUGGCUCACAAGUUCCCUUAAGAAGAGGCUGAAAGCUCUGGCCGGUUUGGCCCAGCGCAUAGAGAGAGCAUUGGCCCGUGGAUUGAAGGGUCCCGGGUUUGACCGGUUGCAGGUUCCUCCACAGCCGGGGGUCCCUGGUCCGGGCUUCUGCAGGAGGCAACCAAUCAAUGUGUUUCUCUCACUUGGAUGUUCCCCUCUGUCCUUCCCUCGCUCUUCCACUCUUCUCUAAAAACCAGUGGAAAAAUAUCCUCAGGUGAGGAUUACAAAAGAAGAGGCUGAAGGAUUUCUCUUCUUGGCCUUAUCUUCCCUGCUCAGCUUUUAAGAAUUGCAGCUAAUUGCUUUAAGGGGUGGAGGGAGGGAGGGAGCUGGGGAUAAACCUUUUUUUACAAUACAAAGCUUUGCUUCCCCCUUCCCUUUUCUUGGACCCCUUCUCUCGGGAAUGCUUGGAGCCAGGUCAGCUGAGGGAGGAUGGGGAUGGGGACAUGGUCCCCAGGUGCUGGUGGGCUGAAGGGGCCUGAGCUCUGGGCAGACGCAGUUUCCUGCUGGCUCUCGGAGUCUCUCAUGUUGCUGUGUCCUGGUGAGCAGCCCGACCAAUAAACCUGCUUUUCUAAAAG